AGGCUCUUGACUCUGUGUAUAUUAUUUUCGGUGAAACAAAAUUUAUUAGAUUUCUCAAAAUCUGUUUGUAAAUACCAAGGUUUUUUUUUGUCCACCCGUAAACUUUGCCAAAUUCAAGUUUUUUAUUGAAAUGUCGGAAAAAUGCUUGGAAGUCUCACCACAUGGUACAUUAACUUUCUGCAAAGCAAACAAUAGUCAGGAAAUCAUAAUAAGGAAUGUGUCCAAAGUGUCGGUGACCUAUAAGGUGCAAAGCACAGUGUACGGGAAGUUUUCUGUGCGACCCCGCUGGGGAGUCCUUGAUCCCAACGACCACUCACAUGUGCUGAUAACCAUGUGCAAGGAUGCGGAGCUCUCGAAAAAGGGCCGCGACAAGAUAGUGGUCGUCUGCAUGGCGGCGCCCAUCAAUGCCGUGGACUUCGACAUGACCUCCUCCUUCUGGCGCCGCAAUAUCUGUUACGAUCCGAAUAUCGAGAAGCACCAGUUAACCUGCCAUCAAAUGGAUGGGGCAGGCGAGGGCGGCAAUAAGGACCCGGAGAAGGACGAUCUAAGGACUCGCAGGGGAAUGUUCUCCUCACUUUCCAGUGUUCGUACGCCGAGCAAGUACUGGCGGUAGUUUUCGUUUGGGCAUUUUAUCCCUGCUCCUGGAGUGUCAAUUAUCCCGCCCAACUGUUUUGCCCUUAUGGCUGCAAUGACUAAGUAAUUGGUUAGCAGCCCUACCUCGCCUUAACGUGAGCCCCUAUGGGCCAACAUUGUUGAUGAUGAGCCUUCAUUAAAAACUCAGAGUGUGUCUAUCUGGUUGUA